UUCGGCAGAGGCUGCCUACAACUCAACUACUUGGUGUUUUUACUCGUACUUAAUCAUUUCGAGUUACGGCUAUUUUCUUCAGAUAUUAUUUUGUUUUGUGAACGAGAACUUCAUAGUCCGCUGAGAGUAAAUCGACUCAUAAAGUUGACCGUAGCGUUAAAUCGGUCUACAGCUAGAAAUUUGUUUAGCGCUUUUUUUUUUGUCUUUGAGGAUUUGUAAAAGAAGCGAAGAAUGCACCCCGAAGAAGGCAACGCUGGAUACAGCUAUGAGGAGUGCCGUGCCACCGCCGACUGGCUGCUGGCUCAGGUGGACAUACGCCCCCUGGUGGGCAUCGUGUGCGGAUCCGGUCUGGGAGGACUCGCUGAGAUGCUGAAGGACCAGGUGGCCUUCAACUACAAGGACAUCCCCAGCUUUCCCCAGAGCACAGUCCAUGGCCACGCUGGGCGACUGGUGUUUGGGACUCUGAAGGGAAGGGCGUGUGUCUGCAUGCAGGGACGCUUCCACCUCUACGAAGGAUACCCCAUACAGAAGAUCACCCUGCCCAUGCGCAUCUUCAAGCUCCUGGGGGUGGAGACGGUCAUCCUGACCAACGCGGCCGGGGGCCUCAACCAGGACUACAGAGUGGGCGACAUCAUGAUCCUCAAGGACCACCUCAACAUGCCAGGCUUCGCCGGCAACAACCCCCUGGCUGGACUCAACGACGAGAGGUUUGGUGUUCGUUUCCCCUGCAUGUCCGAUGCCUACGACCGCGACCUGCAGCAGCUUGCGUUUGACGUGGGGGCGGAGCUGGGCUACAGCGACUUCCUGCGCAAGGGCGUGUACUGCGUGUUGGGGGGGCCGUCCUUCGAGACCAUCGCCGAGUGCCGCAUGCUGCACACGCUGGGCGCCGACGCCGUGGGAAUGAGCACGGUUCACGAGGUCCUGGUAGCCCGCCACUGUGGCAUGCGCUGCUUCGCCCUGUCGCUCAUCACCAACCAGGCCGUCAUGGACUACGAGAGCGAGGAGAAAGCCAACCACGAGGAGGUGCUGGAGACGGGCAAGCUGCGCGCCGAGCAGCUGGAGCGCCUGGUCUCCAACAUGGUCCUGCGCAUCCAGCACAACAACAACAACAACAACAACGAAGACGACGACAACGACAUCAACUCGUAUUAAAACCGAGAGCACGUGACCUGUUCUCAGCUUGACUCAUGUUGCACAGAGACCUUUGCCCCUCUGCCCGUAUGUCGGGAGGGCUGAAACAGCCUGGGGUCAGAGGGCAGAGGGCAGAGGGCGAAGGUCAGAUAUGGCACCUGUUUGCCUGACCCUCCUAAAAGUGAGGUCAUAGCGACAGAAAAUGAGGGUUUGUUUCCCACGAGAAUGUGUUUGUUUGUUUGUUCUUUUUAUCUUUCUCUCUUCUUGGUCCUGAUCCGGCACAUUCCGGCGUGGGCCGCAGUGUUCUGAAGGGGUCGGCCGCUGGGCCAGCGCCUACUAACCGUCUGGAACUCAAGAGUUUUAUGUCUGUCUGUUUCUGUGCUCCUUUUAUGUUUAACUUAAAUGUAUGGCAGAGGCGUGUGACGUCUGAAUGUACUGUGUUUGCGUUGACAGGUGUACGAUAGAAUUUUUUUUUUUUUCUUGAACAUGAAUAUUGUUACUUAACUUACUAUUUAUUGAGUAUGGUUAAAGAGUUUGGUUUAUGCUCGUGGAUUUCCGAGGUGCGUUAUAUAGGGUAAGAUUCCAGGACAUUACAAGUAGAACGGCUACAUGCUUGUGUGUGUGUGUGUGUGUGUGUGUGUGUGUGUGUGUGUGUGUGUGGAUCAUUUGUAUCGUUCUGUAUGCUUUGUAGUUUAUUUAGUACUUUUUUUUUUAUCCCAGAUGUCAAUUGUAUUGAACGGAAACUCUGUAAAGAUUGUAUAAAUAAAGACAUGACUAAAUUAAACCAAA